AAUACCUUAAUACUGGUAUUGGGGCAAGUUUUAGUGGCAUUCUACAAGGAUCGCUACUUUUCUGCCGCCGACUCCACGUCAUUCUUCGCGAAGGGUGAUCACUUGUAGUCCCAUACAAUUGUGUGAUUGACUGCACCCUGCAACAUCUGUACGUUAUUAGCCUAAGAUCUUUACAAAGCACAAGCUGGAGCCAAGCUAGGUGGACAAUUCCUGUAGCUAGCCGCCAAUACACAGCGCAGGACAACGUAAUCAGGACAAGUGUCAAGUGCCAUCACUAAGGGCUCGCGCAGCCGUCGGUUCUAUAUUAGCCUAGCGCAGCGGCGUGUCGUCGUGACCUACAUUGUCGCUCGGUUAGUGCAAUAUGGGAAAGUUGGAGCGUAAGGAGGCUAAGAUUGAGCGAGAGGAGACGAAAAAGGUCACAGCGAAGGCCAAGGCGCAGAAGGACGCCGAGGACGCCUACUGGGCCGCGCACGGCGAAAACGACAAGUCCAAGGCUGCUAAGAAGCGCGAGGAGGAGGAAAAGAAGCGCGUCGAGGCAGCCGCUAAGAAGGCGGAGGCGAAGCGGUUGGCGGAUGCGGAACUGGACGAGAUCAGCCGGGCCAACAAGGCUAAGGCGGAGCGAGCAGGGUCACAAAAGGUGACCCACUUCCAGCUGCAGCAGCAGCGCGAGUUCGAGGAGCGCGUCAAGGCGGAGGCGCAGGCGGAGCGCGACAUGGCCUCGAGGAGGGAGAUGAGCGCGGAGCAGUACGCACGACAGAUCGAGACUGAGAACCUGAACCGGGCGGUUGAGGCGGUGGACGCGCGCGGUGUGGACGCGGCGCUCAAGGUGCUGACGGUGAAGGAGGAGGAGGCGGACAAGCACCCGGAGAAACGCAUGCGAGCAGCAUGGAAGGCGUACGAGGAGCGGCUGCUGCCCGCACUCAAACACGACAAGCCCGGGCUCAAAAUGUCGCAGUACAAGGACAUGCUGUGGAAGUCCUGGCAGAAGGCGCCCGAGAACCCACUCAACCAGGCGCAGCUCGCAGCGCCCUCACCCUCCAAGUAACCAAACUAGGACGCCAAAUAGCAACAAUAACAGCAGGAGCAGCGGCAGCAGCGCCUGCGGGAUGGGGAAUAGGAAUAGCAGCUGCAGCAGUGGCAGAGGAAGGGCGAGGAAAGCAGCUGUGGCAGUAGCAGCGGCGGCGGCUUGAUGUAGCAAAAUAGGAGGCGGUAGCGAGGGCGGUGGCGGCUGAUUGGUAGUGCAGGGCACGCAGCCGUUGUGUAGUAGUUAGGGAGGUGGAGGUGGUUGUGUGGCGUUGGUGGCGGCUGUAGCAGCCCUGCAGUGAUGAUGAAGAUUGACGACGAAGGAUGCUCAGGUGGCGGCGGCAGAAGCAGCGGCAGCGAUGUGUGUCGUGGCGCUGUAGCACGGCGGGGGGUAUAGCAGUCGCGGCGGGGGGUAUAGCAGUGGUAAUGGUAGUGAUGAUGGUGGCGGUGCAGUAGGCGCUGCAAAGCCGCGGAGCUCGGAAGAAUGGAAGAACAUGCACUCCCGCCAGGCCUCGACUGGUUAUGGUUAUGAAGCUCGGCUACACGACUGUUACGGUUGCCAGCGGACCACCGCAGUCUUGACACUCACCACGUUGUGGAGUCGAAAGUUGAGAUGUGUAAUGGGCUGGUUGUGAACCUUUCACGCAAUGCCUUGGACGAUGGUUCUCAACUGCGUGCUUUUGCCUGAGGGGCGUUCCUCGCUUCGUGGAUGUUGUGCUCGGUUGACCGGAACCGUGUUUCCGAAAAGGUCGUGCUUGGCUGACCGAAACCGUGUUUUUGAAAGGGUUGGGACUGCUUUGCUGAUAUGGGUUUCGCAUAAUCGAGUGAUAAGGGAGAAGGGGAGAGAGAGGACUCGCGUCGAAAUCCGUGCUGCUUGCAGUCAGAAGGGUCCGGUGGGGCUGCAACGUCGAGAAGCGACUGCAGCAGUAGCAGCACGGGGAGCUGUGGGGGUGUGCGUCGGCUGCUGUGUGACUGCUGUUGAGGGGGCUUGCAGGUGGAAAAGCGCGUCUUGGUGAAUGUUGUGGUGAAUGUCACCCGAUCACCCGAGCGUGCUUGGGCAGAGGUGGUGGGAGGACGCGGUCGGAGCUGCGUGUAAUGCUACGUGGAUGCGG